GAGAGCAAAGCAUCGCGUCCGAGGCAGAGUAGCGGAGCGCCGCCAUGGGAAAGCUACAAGAAUUUGACAUCACUUUCGCCAACAAUAAGGUGGUUUACAGUCCGGGAGAGUCUAUCAGCGGAACUGUGAAAAUACGAAUCAGCAACUCCCUGCAGUACAAAGCCAUCAAGGUCAACUGUAAGGGCUCAUGUGGGAUCUCAACCAAAGUGACUGACGCCUCGUGGACUCUAGAGGAACAGUACCUAAACAGCACACUAUCUAUUGCUAGCAAAGGAACUCUGGCAGCUGGCGAACACAAUUUCCCUUUUCAGUUUCUUAUCCCAGCUGCUGCACCAACUUCAUUUGAAGGACCUUUUGGAAAGAUUGUUUACAGCGUGAGAGCGGCCAUUGACACGCCUCGCUUUGCAAAGGACUACAAAGCCCAGAGGCCCUUCUACCUUCUCAACCUCCUCAACCUCAAUGAGGUGCCAGACAUUGACCACUUGAGCUAUGCUGUUGCCACAAAGAAGUUUAACUACCUUCUGGUAAAGUCUGGGACCCUGAUGCUUAAAGCUCACACUGACCUUAGAGGCUACAUUCCUGGUCAGGUGAUCAAGUUAGCCACAGAGAUCCACAACAAGUCUGGGAAAGACACAGGAUGUGUUCUGGCAAGUCUCUUACAGAAAGUGACCUAUAAGACCAAUCGGCCCGUGUUUGACCUCCGAACCAUCGCCGAAGUGGAGGGAGCUGGAGUGAAGGCAGGAAAACACGCUGAGUGGAGAGAGCAGAUCAUUGUUCCUCCUCUUCCUCAGUCAGCUUUAGCUGGCUGCAGCCUCAUAGAUAUCGACUAUUUCAUUCAGGUAUCACUCAAAUCUCCAGACGCAGUAGUCAGUCUGCCCAUCUACAUUGGGAACAUUGCCGUGAACUUGUCUCCAGCCGGGACUUUGCCUUCCAGUCCAGACCACUCCGGUGUGGCAGCGGCACCCAAUGCAGCAGGAGUGACACCCAGCGCCCCUCCGGCUGAGGACGAUGUACAGCAGUGUGCAGCUGGUGCAGCCAGCGAUGAGAUCCCCACAAAGAGACAUUCUCAGCAGGAUCCCUCUGGUCAGCCUGUUGCCAUGUCGCCGAGUGCUUUCAGCCAUGCACCUGGUGCAACGUUGCCUCCCAGCCACAGACAACCAGGCGCUCCGGCCCCCUUGUUCUGUGUUUCGACGGGGACCACAAUACCGUUUUUCACAGAGGGAGACCCCACACCUCUGCCCACUUCUUGUUCUCUCAUCCUCCCACCAGAGUACAGCAGCUGGGACUACCCUCAUGAGCCUCCACCCUCUUACGAAGAAAGCUGCAGCAGUACAAACUUCAGUUUUGACAGUAGACAAUAGAAGAAAAAGCAGGCGAUGAAGCACCGCCCACACCUUUCUACACUCACCUCUGGACAAAACAUGAUGGAAAUCCCAUGGGUGAUGAAAGGACUGACUCCAAAGAUAAAUGUGUCUUCUAUAAGUAAAAGGGAUCAUGUCUUAUAGUGAAUAUAAUCAUCUUAUACUGAACUCACAUCCCAUCAGGUAGCGAUGGACUGAGCAGCUUAGCAUCAUUGGAAAGAUUUCAUAUCAGAUUUGACUCUUCUUGCUUCAAGGAAACAAUUUUUUUUGUCAGUGCUCUGAUUGUUGCACAUAUUAGCCAAACAGCAGGUGAGACUAUCCUGUACUAUCCUGGACAGGCCACCACCCGGGGACUGUAUAGUUCCGUCUGGGGUCUUAACUGCCCACAUGUGCAACUGCAUAACAACGGAUGAUGGUUGUUGUCGGACCUGUGUUCCAGAUGUGUCAGGCCAUGACAAACGUCACAGUUGCUUCUGUGACCUUGGGUCUCUGACACUCAGGUGAAGUGGAGCCAAUUCCUGUGCAGGUGAGUCGGAUUUGGUAUCUCCUCUUAAAAAGGGGGCAACAUGUUCUCUGAAGGUCCUUGGGUUCUCGAGUUACACCUACAACUUGAGAAGAAGUUCAGAGGAGGAGUUGUGAACGGAAUUCCUAGAAAUCCAGAAACAUAAAUAUCUUUUUUUGGAAAAAAAAAAAAAAAAAGCAGGUUAUGUGACCCGUGGGAUAAUCUUCUGUGGUACGAGUGACUAUUAGCCAGGCUUGUAGCCCCAGUGAGAGAUUUUAUCCUUUAAAUCUCAAAUGCUUUCCUUAGUCAUCACCUCCGUUUGUGAGCUUCAUUCAUUUUCUAUGUUGCUUGUCCUCACCGGGAUCGUAGCAGUAUGCUGGAGCCUAUCCUAGCUGACUUUGGGGUGAGCAUCAUAGAUGAAAUGUGGUUUCCUGUGCAGAUUGGCUGGACUUAGCCUUAAAUGUUCAAACCCUCAAGAUGAGUUUGACAGUUUGGGUCUGUCAUUUUUAUUACCAGGCUCGCCGCAGUGUUUCGCCUGUCCGGUUUAAGAAUACCAUCCAUCCAUUUUCUGUACUGCUUGUCCUCACUAGGGCCGCGGGUAUGCUGGGGACUAGCCCAGCUAUCUUGGGGCGAGAGGCAGGGUACACCCAAUACUGGUCGCCAGCCAAUUGCAGGGCACACUCAAAAUACACUGGAGAGAUUGCAUUCUGAUGUCUUCAAAGGAAUAUGAGACAAUCCCUGUGAAAAUAUGUUAAGUUGUCCUUUUUACCGUUGAAAUGUUGAAGAGAAGAAAAAGCUGGAAGACAUCUUUUUCUUAGUUUUAAUGACAGCCUGCACAAAACAGCUGCACAGUCAAAGCAGAUGUAAUAUACAGUUGCACUCAACGCUCAUGGUAAAUUAUAUUUAUUUGCAGUUUAUAAAUUUGCUCUAGUUUGCAUUCAACAAACAAACCAACAAAAACUAUUUAAACAAUUCAACACAGCGGUCAAUAAAAUUUUUAAUUGAAAAUUAAUUUAAUUUACAAUGAGGGCUGAUUAUUUUUGUCCUUUGAUACAUUUUAACUGAAAUCAGUCAACAUAUUUUAGAAUAUUUUCAUUUACAUUUUUAAAAACAUUUUUAUGUCAUGAAUAUGUUUAACUCGUCCUUCACAUAUGUUGUUUUUGGGGAACUGAAGACCUGCUGAUCUGAAUGUAUCUUUUUCUACUCAUUUUCUCCAUUGUAGUGCAAUCCUAUGUCUAGUUCGUGCUUUCAGACACAAAAUAAGUUUUUGGACUUCAGAAGGUAACGUUGCCAUAUAUUUUCCACAGGAUAUACCAUAUAAAUUGGUAAAUAGUUCACUGGUUAUGUCAGUGAUUAUUGUGAAGCCAUGCCUUAAACUGGUCUUGGUCCUCGUCAUUCACUGUUGGAGCAUGUGAUGGAGGUCAGAAUGUGCUCCUGUAGCUUCAUGAGAAAAGUUCAAGUGCACUUCAUAUAUACAACUCAAAUGCAGCUUUGCAAAUAUUUUUAAAAAGUGAAAACACUGGACUCAGUGGCAGAGCUACAAUGGAGGUGGUGGCCACCCCACUGGCCAUCUAGACAUUUCGGGUAUCAACUUGUUGCCACCCCUAUGUGAGUAAUGGUCUCACCUUGGCCACCCUAGUGAAAAAUGUCUGGCUCUGCCACUGACUGGACUCUUACGCCCAUUGGAAUUGCUGUAGGAAAUAUGUGCAUAUCCCAUCAUUACCAAGUGAAGUAGCACUGAAGGGAUUUUGCAUUGCUUUUAACAACACAGAUUGGGUUUUGUUUUUCUUUACCAAGGGGUACAAUAGCUUUAUGAUUCUCCUCGUGUUCUGUGCAUUUUUUAUAUUUAUCCUCCUUCUCUUCCUUCACAAAUUGUGGUGUCUGUUUCGUUUUUUUUUUUUACUACUACUAGCACCUUCUGUAAUAUUUCAGCCUGUGGUGCAGUAAAGUUGUACUGUGCAGUAGAACAAUAAAGUCAUCUAUGUAA